UGAAGACUCAACGAAGACUCCUCCUCUUAGUUUUAUGUCAUGAUGACAACAUGUGGGAUGGAAAUGGGUAAAGUAUCUGUUCACAGGCCUGGGAGGAAACGGCUCCUCUCCAAACACAGCAGGAGGGCUGAAAUCAGAAGUCAUUUAGCACGAGUCACAGAUAAAUGCUGACAGGUUCAUGCUACUUAUGAUGUAGACAAAGGCAUUUGGGCCCAUUCCACCUGUUCUGCUGGAAGAUGGCCACUGCAGCGGAGGACCCCCACCUGGGAUCAGGCCCUGACGAUAGCGAAGUGUCUCCAUCCGGGAGAGAGUCAGACUCAGAUAGCAUUCUUUCGGAUGACUCGGUUCUUCCAGACUACACGCCAGAGACAAGAAAUGGGAGUGCAGCAUCAACACUGUAUCAAGCGUGCGCCCGCAAUGAACCGGUCUCUCUGCAGACAGUGCUUGAGAGGGGGGUCACAAAAGAAGAGGUGAUGGAGCUGGACAUCAAUGGCUGGAAUGGUUUAAUGGUGGCGUGCUGUAAAGGUUUCCUAGAGAUCGUACAUGGACUUCAUACCUGUCCAUAUAUUGACAUAAAUCACCAGGACAAUGAAGGCAACACAGCACUGAUGAUUGCAUCCCAAGCAGGUCACAUCAUGACAGUGACGUAUCUCCUGAACUAUUAUCCUGGAAUAGACACAGAAAUAAGGGAUUGUAGAGGUUUCACAGCUCUCAUCAAAGCUGCAAUGACUGGCCGCACUGACGUUGUGGCAGCCCUUGUUAUGGCUGGGGCUGACAUACAUGCAGUAGAUUCCACCAGAGGAAGAUGUGCUCGGGACUGGGCCUUUAAGACAGGUCGCUACGAGACCUUGCACCGUCUCCGUCGCCUCAAUAUGCGUCCAAGAGCUGAGCAGUUCUGUGAGGGUUAUGUCCCUGAGUGGCCUGAGCUCAAGGAGAGAGUAGCCAAGGCCGUAUCUCAGAAAACUCCCAGGGAAAAAAUUGCCCAGCAGAUCAAAGACACCUUUGGAUUCAGAUUACCUCGUGACCCCGAGGACAACGGGGUGUUGGACCACAUGGUGCGCAUGACCACCAGUGUCUACAGUCCUCUGAUUUCAACUGGAUGUCGUCCACUCUGCCCCACGAGCCCUCCAGAGAUUGGCAAGAAGCGUCUGGCCGUACAAGAGCUGGUCAGCAAACAUACAAAAAAGGACCUUGAGGAAACCUCAGUGUGCCACAGUAAUGGCUCAGUGUCGCACAUUAUCCCCACAAUCCACUCUGCGGAGUCAAUUGCUACGACAUGCUGUGCCGACACCGAACGGCGAGGCAGUAUGCUCUCCACCAAAGCUGCCGCAACUUUUAUUUCCCGGAGUAUGGGGAGGCGGAACAGCGUGUUCCCCUCUGGCUGCAUCCCAAAGAUCAAUGUAGACAGGCCAACAGAAGCAACGCCAAAGAAAGAAAAGAAGAAGAAGAGGGAAAAGGGCUAUCUGGAACCACCCAAGUGGAAGUACAAGGAGAUCAAGGAUGAGAAAAAAAAGGACAAGAAGAAGGCUGAAAAAGAAAAGGAAGAAAAGGAGAAAAAGAAGAAAGAAAAGGACAGCAAGAAGGCCAAAAAAUAAGGAUUUAAAAAAGAAAGGGCUGUACAAAAUAUCCUUUGUGAGAAAAGUGUGUGUCUGUUCAACUCAGGGCUUAAAAUGUUCAAACCAAAGAGCAUUCAAGUGAAUACUAAACUUAAAUCUGAAAGGGAGUGACAGAGGAAGAGAACUGUAAAGACUCUUCAGGGAAGGUUUGAAGUACAGUUAAGCCCAAAAUUAUUCAUACCCUAUGCAAAAAUUGCUAAUUUCAUAUUUUUGUCUAUGAAAAGAUGGACUGAGAAAACUUUGGUUUCAAUCCAUUUUAGUUAUGGCAGAUUACAAACCAAUACAUCAAAUCUGGUUUCUUUGCUCUUGACUUAAAGGUUACAUAAUCAACAUUUUAGGUUUUUAUGCAUGUCCAUAAUUAUUCAUACCCCUGUAUGAUCAUAGAAUGAUCAUGGAGUUUAAGCUAUUGUUGGGUGUCAAAAGUAGGGGUCAUCAUUAUUAAUGCCAAACCUAUAACCCACUACCCUUAUGCAAUCCCUUUUGCACCCUGUUAUGUCAUAAACUGAAAUAAAUUCAGUGACUGUGUGCAUUCAUUCUCACUUCAUGGUCAACAGUCAAACCAUUGACAUGGCGAAGAAGAAGGAACUGAGUGAAGACCUUCGGUCGCGCAUUGUGAAUGCACACAAGGAUGGUAAAGGCUAUAAAGCUAUAGGAAAGCAAUUUCAAGUGCCAGUGGCUACGGUACAGAGCAUUAUCACCAAGUUCAAGAAGUUCCACACUGUAGAGAAUCUCAAGGGGCGUGGCCGGAAACCAAAGAUGACAUCAAGAUUGUCAAGAAAAGUUGUGAGACAGGUCAGCAAUAAUCCUCGGAUCACCACCAAAGCUAUCCUGAAAAACUUAAGUGACUCUGGAACCACCAUAUCAAGGCAGACACUCCAGCGCACAUUGCACAAUGAGGGCCUCCGUGGAUGCCGGCCAAGGAAGACUCCACUCCUCCAGCCUAGGCAUGUAAAAGCCAGACUAGCCUUUGCAAAAGCACAUAUCGACAAGGAUGCAAGCUUUUGGUUGUCGAUGCUGUGGUCUGAUGAGACAAAAAUGGAGCUUUUUGGCCACAGGGAUGUGGCCUUCGUUUGGAGAAGGAAAGGUGAAGCGUUCCAACCGAAGAACACAAUCCCGACAGUCAAGCAUGGUGGUGGAAGCAUUAUGCUUUGGGGAUGUUUCUCUGCCAGUGGGCCUGGCAAUCUAAUCAAAGUGAAUGGCAUCAUGAAAAAGGAACAGUACAUGGAGAUAUUGGAGGAAAACAUCAAGCAGUCAGCAGAAAAACUUGAUCUGGGGCAGCAGUGGAUCUUCCAGCAGGACAAUGAUCCUAAGCACACAGCGAAAGUAGUCAAGAAAUGGUUAAAGGACAAUAAUGUGACUGUUUUGGAGUGGCCAAGCCAGAGCCCAGACCUGAACCCGAUCAAAAAUCUGUGGAGGGAGCUUAAGACACGAGUUUCAGCAAGAAGACCUUCUAACCUCAAUGACUUGGAGACCUUCGCAAAAGAGGAAUGGGCAAAAAUCCCUGCUGAAGUCUGCAGAAACCUGAUCAGCAACUACCGAAAGCGUUUGCAAGCUGUCAUUGCAAACAAAGGCUAUGCAAUUGACUAUUAAUCAUGGGGUAUGAAUAAUUAUGGACAUACAUAAAAACCUAAAAUGUUGAUUAUGUAACCUUUAAGUCAACAGCAAAGAAACCAGAUUUGGUGUAUUGGUUUGUAAUCUGCCAUAACUAAAAUGGAUUGAAACCAAAGUUUUCUCAGUCCUUCUUUUCAUAGACAAAAAUAUGGAAUUAGCAAUUUUUGCAUAGGGUAUGAAUAAUUUUGGGCUUAACUGUAUCUACGCUAAAAGCAGUACCCAUAUUUGGAGUUAAUGUGAAAAAUAAGUCUAUUAUUCUAUUAGGGAUUAAAAGACUUUAAAGAGCUUCUUUUUAAAAAAAAAAAAAAAAAAAGAAGAA